AAUCGUGGAGGCCAUGGGCACAGGGAGAACUCUCUGCACUUCCUGCUCAAUUUUGCUGUGAACCUAAAGUCAGUCUAAAAAUAAACUGUAUUAACCAAAAAAGAAAAAAGUAAGAAGACAGGCAUAGAUAAGUAUGCUUGUAUUUUCAUAGACUAUCUCCUGACCCGUACACCAGACACUGGUAACAGCAGCCACUUAGGGUAGAGUGGAUAAACACAGUCACCUCACUGUGUAGAGCAGAACAGAGCCACAGACAGGGCCGUGAGUGAGAAGACCACCAAAGUUCUACUAUACACCCCCCCGUACUUCUCAAAUUGUUUUUGAUAUAUGCAUACAGCAUUUUUCAAAACACCAGUUAAAAAAAAUAAAGAAAAACUUUUACGGAAAAAUAGGAAGUUCCAGGGUAAAAGGGGUGCAAGAGAGUCAAAUCUAAAUAAAAGCUAGAGCAGCAAAAUCACAGAUGCUUGGCCCCAAAGAUACAAAGCUGACCUCGUGAAUGCAUACUUUUGGGAAAGAAAUGACCAGUGAACCCAGGACCAUGGAAGCCUGGGUGGCACAGCCACCCAACAUGAGACAUCUCAGUGGUAUAAGCCAGAUGCUUGCUGCCAGGAGCCAGCACUGCACCAAUGUAAAGCUCACAAUGCCCCCUAGAAGCAGGGACAGCCACCCAGGGCCAACUUGAGAAGGAAAAAAGCUAAAAAACAAGGAAAAAGUUGAAGAAUCCUCAUCCCAUCCCCUGAGCCACCCUAAAUUGGAAAAUACUCAGCAGACACAAAAAGCCUCUCAAGAGGACACUGCCAACCCACUCGGGCAAGGGAUCAUACCCAUAUGCCCUGAACACUUCUGGGGCCACCAUGCCUGGUUUCCUUUCUUAUUCAGAACUCAGGGAGGUAUGUACAUGGGGUUUAUUGCUUGUUUUCCUUGGAGAGAGAAACAGUUUUCUGUUUUUCUUACUUAAGACCCAGUACAGUCAGCAGGGCCCCAAAGGCCUCAGGAAGGAGGCUGCUAGUCACCACACCAAUCUGUGAAGUGCUCAUCCUGCCAGCCACUCUGGUACCAGGCUCAGCCAUGUGGUUCUGGGCUCAGCCAUGCUGCCUUCAAAAAUUAGGGGAAACAAAAGGUCUGGAAGUUUGUUCUCCUAGGAGAACUUGAGCAUCCAAAGUGACAUUUCUCCUGCUUUAUUCAGCUUUUCACUAGGGACACUUGGAUAAUGCUAAGUGUUUUCUAGGUCACAGCUAGUCCUACCUACCCACUUAUUGGGAAGCUCUAGCAGCAGCAGAAUAGAAAGCUCUGGGUGAGCCUGCAAAGCAGGAGGCAUGCUAGUGGGCAGGAGGGAGAAAGUGUGCAAACACCCCUGCUUCCCAUGAAUCGCUAGGUCACAAAGCCCCACCGGGUGAGGGAAGGUGUGACCCACUCAGACUGCUGUUUCAGACUCUGCUAUGAGGGUCAUGGGAAGAGAGCACUGGCCCUCCUUGGGAGAAGAUUCUGGUCCAAAUCUAUGGUGUGGCUCAGCUAUCAGCAGUGAAGAUUGAGAGGCACUGACUGGUUUCUUUCCCCACAUUCACCCUCACCAGCCCCCCGUGGUGAAGAAGGUUGGGUGUCACUUCCUCCAACCUCUGCAGGGCAGAGUGUGCUGCUAUUACAGGGCCUGCUGAACCAGCAUCUCACCCCUACUGAAGAAUGGGUCAAUAAAGAUAGAAAAGUUAUGACAGAAAAGGAGGGAAGGAAGGAGAGUCCCUUCCAAUGGUCCUCACAAUAAUACCACCCACAGAGAUCGGUGUGAAAUUUUGCUUUCAGAAGUAGAAUGUGCCCAGACAGAAUCAGAACUGCUCAUUUAACAUGGGAACGGCGAAGCGCCCACUCCAAGACUUCUGCUAGUGGGUGGCCACAAAGAAGCCAUCCUCUCUCCCUUCCUGACUCAAAUUGUACAACUGCUCAAAGGAAGAAAGAGAAGCCAGAGGUUCCUCUGCAUCAGCCAGAGGCCGAUCACCCUGAUCCAGGCUGCCAAGUUAGAACCCAAGCUCCCAGAUCAAGGGACAAGUCAGAGGUGGAGCUCUUUGAUCAAGGGGCAGGUCAGAGAUCAAGGUCCCCAUUGAGGCCCGGCAGGGACGAGGCAAAAGACUGGGGCAGGCUGGCAAUCUAAAACCCCAUUUGCCCCAAGCCCCUAAAAAAAAAAAGUAUUCCAUAAAUACUUGCUGAAUCCAAGAACCAAACCUAGUACUUAGCUUAUACUGAAAGCUUUAAUUAUACUAUCUCAUUUAAUCCUUACAACAGCCCUUUAGUUGUUAUCACCCUAUUGUAUAUAAGAAAAAAACUAAGACCUCAGUAAAAAAAAAAAAAAAAGAAAAGGCUCUCUUCCUCGGCGCUGCCUACGGAGGUGGCAGCCAUCUCCUCCUCGGCAUCAUGGCCGCCCUCAGACCCCUUGUGAAGCCCAAGAUCGUCAAAAAGAGAACCAAGAAGUUCAUCUGGCACCAGUCAGACCAAUAUGUCAAAAUUAAGCGUAACUGCCGGAAACCCAGAGGCAUUGACAACAGGGUUCGUAGAAGAUUCAAGGGCCAGAUCUUGAUGCCCAACAUUGGUUAUGGGAGCAACAAAAAAACAAAGCACAUGCUGCCCAGUGGCUGCCGGAAGUUCCUGGUCCACAACAUCAAGGAGCUGGAAGUGCUGCUGAUGUGCAACAAAUCUUACUGUGCCGAGAUCGCUCACAAUGUUUCCUCCAAGAACCGCAAAGCCAUCGUGGAAACAGCUGCCCAACUGGCCAUCAGAGUCACCAACCCCAAUGCCAGGCUGUGCAGUGAAGAAAAUGAGUAGACAGCUUGUGUGCACGUUUUCUGUUUAAAUAAAUGUAAAAACUGCAAAAAAAAAAAAAAAAAAGAAAAGAAAACUAAGGCCCAGGGAGACGAAAGAAUUUGUUCAAUGCCAGACAACUUAUCAGUGUCAGAGCUAGCAACUGAAUGCACGGUCUCUAGACUCCAAGAUUCAUACUCUUAUUCCAUAACAUAAUUUUUUUAAAAGGGGGAAAAAGACUAGAGUCAGGAAGUAAAAAGAUAAAUGUAACAGUUUCAGAGAUUAAAGGAGCAAACCACAAGGCAAGAGACAGGUAUCCUCCUUGCUCAUCCACUGGGAGAGUCUAGAAGCCUGACACCACAGCACCAACUAACACAGCAGGCCCAGCUCUUGGCUUGUAAUCUCAAUCUCUUAUCAAAACCCAAGGACUUCUUGGAGAAAGGGUCCAUUCCACAGCCAGGGCAGGAAAAGAACUCAAACCUGGAACUUCCUGUAGUGUACAAGAAAAUAAAGAAGUGCUCGAAAAAUGAUGCAAACAUGUUAACAGGAAAAGUCAACUGCAAGAGGCCACUUGAGCAAUUAAACAAUAGUAAUGGACCAUAACCUAUGGAAUAACUAUCCAUGAAUACACACUGACAUACACCAAGAACUAAUAAAUAAGUAGAGGAGAAAGAAAAGCUCUUCCUUACAGCAUGUGAAACUUACAGUCCUUACAGUCCAUUUGUUUUGGACUGAGCUCCUGCAUAAGGCCCCAGCACACCAGACCAAACCAGAAUAGAGACAAUCAAAAUGAACUUUAAAAAGGGCCAGUUUUCAAACAAACAAACCAAAAAAAAAAAAAAAAAAACCAGGAGAUUUCAGUCAACUUGAGUCAGCAGGUAAGGAAGACCCCUUACCUGUUUCAACCCUAUGAGGAAGUGACUUUGAAACGACCCAUCUGCUUUUUGUUCUCUGUGUCUGCUUUUCUCAGCCCUUUUCUGCCUAUAAAACCUACCUCCUUUGGUCAGCUCAUGGGAAUACUCAUUCUAUUUUACAGAAUGAGAUGUUGCCCAAUUCUAGAAACACAAAAGCCAACUAGAUCUUUAAACUAAAUUUGUUAUAAUUUUGUCUUUUGACAAGUAUAAUUCUAAAUAAUAAAUGGAGAAAGAAUGAUAAAAAUAGAAAAUCAUUUAGCAAACAGUACAGUAAUAAUUGUUUCAGGCAAGAAUAAUCAGUGGUUGCUAAGAUUAAUGGUAAAAGUAUGCUGAGAAACAAGAUAUUUAUCUAGUCUCAAAGUUAUCUCCCCACAAGAUACUUACUAAUUACAAAAAGGAACACAGUAACUCCACAGUGGAAGAAAUGUGCAGCCAUCCAUUCAGCCAAAUGAUCACAGUUAUGAUCACAAUUAACAUCAGAAGGAAUGGGACAAAUCCUGGCAUGACACACUAAGGGCCCACCAUGGUAUUCUUCUGUGGCAUUCUUGCCAAAAACAUAUAACACGAAUACAGUCAUAAGGAAGCAUCAGACAAAACUAUAAUGAGGGACAUUCCACGAAAAAAAAAUGGCAAUGAAGGAAAAAAAAAAGGACCAGUUCUCUUUAACUGUCAAGGUCGUGAAAAGACUAAGAAACUGUCACUGUCCCAGAUAAAGGAGACUGAAGAGAGACACAACCACGAAUACAAUGACAAUAACAAAUUGAACCCUGAGCCAAGGAUAAAGGACAUGAUUCAACAGGCAGAAUUUAAACAAGGUCUACAGAUGAGCUAAUGGUAAUCCCUCAUUAUAAAAGACUCUAACAUUUGGUGAAGCUGGGUGAAGAGCAUAUUUGAGAAUUCUUUGCAUGACUUCUGCAAUUUUUUUUGGUAGAUAUGAAUUAUCUAAAAUUCAAAGAUUUUUUUAAAAGACCAAAAAAUAAACAGACAUUAACAGUUAUAUGAGAGAGAGAAUAUGCUAGUCUUUGGUUAGCUAAGAACACUGACUCCAUACCACAGCAGCCAGCAGCCAGACCACAGAUCUGACCCUCACUCUUCAGAAUCCCACAGCUGCUAUUUUAAAGACCAGAUAACAGGCUCCAAAUCUGAUUUCUCAGCUCACAGAACUCACAGCCAAGUCAUUUGAGAUGACUUAUUCCAGAGGGUCUCAAAGCAAAUUCUAUAGGACAGAGCUGCCUACACGCCCAGGCUCGGCUUAAGGUCCCCCCAAUGUUAGCCUCUCACUCAGAUGCUGCUUCCACAGCAAAUUCCUUGGCUUAAUUAAAGGAGAUACAAAAACUCAGGUCACUCCAACUCCCUCACAGCGUGGCUCAGAGAGCACAAGGCCUGCGUGGACCGGGCUCUGCAUAGUCCUGGGCAUCUGUAACUCAGGGGCUGCAAGGGAAGCAACCCAUGAAGGAAGGGAAAGAAGGGCAAGAGCACAAACAACAAAACCAGAAGGGGCAGCUGACAGCCUGACGGCUCAGCACAAUGGCUGGAAGACAGAGAAGUGGCCUCAGGACUCUACUAGCAAGUUUAACUAUUUUUAUUUAUCUUUACUUUGACCAAACCAAAACAAGAGUUCAAACUACUACCAAGUUCAAAGUACAACUCUGAGUUGCCCUAAGAAGACAGAGAACAUACACAAAUGUGAAAAUAUGAGAAAAACUAAAUGUUACUGAAGAGUGGCAUUCAUGAGAUAUGUUAAAAUUCAAAGGUUGAUCAUCUUCAAUGUGACUUUUAACUUCAAUCAUUAUUUGUUCAGCUGUUUACUGAGUACCAACUACGUGCCAGGCAGUAGAAUCCACAAUGAACAAAGUUCCUGCCUUGCAUGGUGACAACAAAUAAUACCCAACAAGUAGAUAUGCAGUUGUCCCUUGGUAUUCACAGAGCGCUGGUUCCAAGAACCCUAAGGAUACCAAAAUCCAACGAUGCUCAAGUCCCUGAUAUCCUGAUAUCAAAUGGUAUAGUAUUUGCAUAUGCACGUCCUCAUGUAUACUUUAAAUCAUCUUUAGCUUUAUAAUAGUUAAUACAAUGAAAAU